GAUGGCAGCUGCGAGGAGGCAAAGGUGUCCUGCAUGGCGCUGUCGGGACACAGCUGGCUCGCCAUCCCCGUGCUCUGCCUGCUUUUUGGGACAUCCCUGCAGAACGUCAGGAUCAACCCCAGCAGCAUGUCCUUCAACAUGUGGAAAGACAUUCCCGUGCCUUUCUACAUGUCGGUGUACUUCUUCGAAGUGCUGAACCCCAAGGAGAUCCUCCGGGGAGCGAAGCCAGUGGUGAACCAACGUGGACCUUAUGUUUACAGAGAAUACAGGUAUAAGACAAAUAUCACAUUCCAUGACAACGACACUGUCUCCUUUCUGGAAUACCGGCAACUUUUCUUCGAGCCAGACAGGUCCAACGGCACUGAAGAGGAGUACAUCGUUGUGCCAAACAUGUUGUUGAUGGGGGCAGCUGUGAUGAUGGAGAACCUGCCAAACUUUAUGAAGCUUUUGCUGAGUGGAGCCCUGGCUGGCCUGAAACAGGAGGCGUUCAUGAACCGGACAGUGGGGGAGAUCAUGUGGGGGUAUGAAGACUCUCUUAUAGACACAGUAAAUGCGUUUGUUCCUGGCCUGAUCCCUUUCAAGGGGAAAUUUGGCUUAUUUAUAGAGCUUAACAACUCUGAUUCGGGACUGUUCACGGUGAACACCGGCAUGAAGGACAUCAGUAAAGUCCACAUGGUGGAUUCAUGGAAUGGACUAAAGGAGGUGGACUACUGGGGGAGCAGCCAGUGCAACAUGAUCAACGGGACCUCGGGGGAGAUGUGGCCACCGUUCAUGUCCCCAACGUCAUUGGAGUUCUACAGCCCCGACGCCUGCAGAUCCAUGACACUGGUGUACAAGCAGUCUGGGAAGUUCAAGGGUGUGCCCACCUAUCGCUUUGUGGCACCGAAAACUCUCUUUGCCAAUGGCACGGACUAUGCACCCAACGAAGGCUUCUGCCCCUGCAUGCAGUCCGGCAUCCAGAACAUCAGUUCCUGUAGGCUAAACGCACCGAUGUUCAUUUCCCAUCCUCACUUCUACAACGCUGACCCAGCCCUGGUGGACGCCGUCGAAGGCCUCCACCCCAGCAAGGACGAGCACGAGCUCUUCCUUGACGUGCACCCGAUGACAGGCAUCCCAAUGAAUUGCUCCAUCAAGCUCCAGCUGAACCUGUACAUAAGGAAGGUGCCCGGGAUAAUGCAAACAGGGAACAUCAAGCCAGUGGUCCUGCCGCUGCUCUGGUUUGCAGAGAGCGGAUCCAUCGAAGGUGCAGUCCUAAAGCAGUUUUACAGCAACCUGGUGCUGCUGCCGUCCUUGCUGGACUACCUGCAGUAUAUCCUCCUUGGGCUGAGUGUCCCGCUCAUUAUCUCAGCAGCUGUACUCAUGGCACAGAGUCAGGAAAAAUGCUCUUUAUUUUGGAGUAGCAAUAAAAAGAACUCAGACAGUAAUAAGGCCAACCAGGCCACUUCAGCCAAAAAGCUGCCUCCGGUUAAGGGGACGGUGUUGCGAGAAGCCAGACUGUAG